AUGACGAUCGUGUCACGGCACAUCGCGCCGAUACCGCGCUGCUCGCUGCAGCAGUGGAUUUUCGGCUCGUCCCAGGAACCCCUGUCGGACAAGAGGCUUCUGAUCGAUGCCGACCGGCCCGACACUCACUUUAUCUCCAAAUCUGACUACCGUCUGCUGAGCAAGCGCAUCGCCCUCGGCUUGCAGGAUGCCGGUUUGGAGGCCGGCGACCGGAUGCUGCUUUUCUCGAGCAAUGACAUCUAUUUUCCCCCCAUCUUCGUUGGCACCCUCAUGGCAGGCGGUAUCUUCAGCGGCGCCAACCCGUCGUAUGUCGCGCGCGAGCUGGCCUACCAGCUGCGAGACUCGGGUGCUAAGUUCGUAAUUACCGCCGCCAACAGCCUGGCCACGACUCUCGAAGCGGCGGACGCGGUCGGCCUGCCGCAUGACCGGAUAUACGUGCUUGACGCGGUCCCGGAUCCGCCUUCUGAUGUGGUCUCGACUGAGAACCCGCCGAAGCAGACACUGCCCGAUGGUGGCGCCAGCGGUGUUCGGCACUGGCUCGAUCUCUUGCAGGGGAAUCACCGGCGUGCGCUGGUCUGGGACUGGGUCGAGCCCACGGAUCCUGCCACAACCACAUGCGCUCUCAACUACAGCAGUGGCACGACGGGCAUGCCCAAGGGCGUCGAGAUCAGCCACCACUCCUAUGUGGCCAACUGCGAAAGCGUUGUCUCUGUCGGCCGCAACGACCCAGAAAUUGUCGCCGCGCGCCAGCGCACGGUUGGCCUGUGCUUCCUGCCCAUGUACCAUGCAUAUGGGCAGACGUACUUUAUCGCCAUCAUGGCCCAGAUGGAGAUCCCCGCGUACAUAAUGGGCAAAUUUGACUUUAUCAAGUUCCUUGACCACAUCCAAAAGUUCCGCGUCACGACCUUGUCGCUCGUGCCACCCAUUGCCGUGGCCUUGUCCAAGCACCCCAUCGUCAAAAAGUACGAUCUGAGCAGCGUCGAGGCUGUCUCUAGUGGUGCUGCACCACUGGCCAGUGAAUCUGUUGCGGCCCUUCGGAAGCUGUGGCCCAACGCCGAAGUGCCCGUUCGCCAGGGCUGGGGCAUGACCGAGGUCACUUGCACGUGUUUGACAUGGACCGCCGAUACCGAUGCUGGGGACGGGUCAGUCGGCGAGCUUGGAGCCAACUACUCGGCGCGGCUGGUGGCGGUCGACGAAGGAGGUGGCAGUGGCUCCCCGAAGUACAUCACUGAGGCCAACAAACCGGGCGAACUCUGGGUGACCGGCCCGACACUGAUGAGAGGCUACUGGCGCAACCCCAAGGCCACCGAGGAAACCAUCCAUGUCGACGCUGACGGCACCCGCUGGCUCAAGACGGGCGACAUUGCCUAUGUCAACCGCUACGCCACCGGCGCUGGCUUCUUCAUUGUCGACCGCCGUAAGGAGCUCAUCAAGGUAAAGGGCAACCAGGUCGCGCCGGCCGAGCUUGAAGCCGUACUGAUCGAGCGGUCGGAUGUCGUCGAUACCGCCGUAAUCGGUGUCGCAGUUUACGGCGAGGAGCGGCCUCGGGCCUACAUCGUGCGCGCAGCCGGCUCAAAAGCAACCGGCGAAGACAUUGCGAAGUGGAUGGCGGCACGGGUGGCACCGUUCAAGCGGCUGACUGGCGGCGUGGUGUUUGUUGAUGAGAUUCCCAAGAACCCGUCCGGCAAAAUCCUCAGAAAGAUCCUUCGGGACCAGGCGAGCAAAGAGAGAUCGUCGAAGCUGUAG